AAAAUCAUGUGCAGGAAUAUAAUUAUAGAACUGUUCUGUGCUCCCGGUAUUUUGCAUUCAGAACAAUGGUAUAUCAUUGAAAUAUUUUCUGAAGUCACAAGACAGCACAUAUUAGUCGAGGUUUAUACUUACUUUUGCAUCGGUUUUUAAUAAAGACGUGCAACUGUUACGCUAUAUCAGUGAGAUAGCAAACUUAAAAAUAAAGUUUAAAUGCAUGCUUAGAUCUAUACUGCGGUAGAAGAAAAAUAAGGACGAUUGUGUUCAUUAAACAUUUUGAAAUUUACAAGUGACUCGCAUUUCUGGUUACAAUGGCUGUCCGCUCUUUUGGAGCCUGGGACUACGUCAUAUUCGCCAUUUGUCUGUGUAUUUCGGCCAGUAUCGGAGUGUAUCACGCAUUCUUUGGUGGAGGACAGCAUACGACUGAAAAAUAUUACUAUGGAAACCGAAAUAUGGGUGCACUUCCGGUAGCAUUGUCGAUGCUUGUGACGUAUCAGUCGUCUAUUUUUAUGUUGGGAUAUCCUGGCGAAAUGUACAUAUACGGAUCCAUGUUCUGGCUUAGUUUUGUAGGCGUUGGUUUGGGGUUCAUCCUCGUGGCCGUUUUCGAGGUUCCGCUCCUCCACCCUCUCAAUAUACGCAGUGCGUUUGAGUACCUGGAGUUGCGGUACAAGAGCAGCGCACCUAGAAAACUCGCGUCAUUCAUGAGCGUCAUCCUCUAUGCAAUAUUUAUGGGUCUCGUGGUGUAUGGUCCAGCAAUAACACUAAAAACAGUUACCGAGUUCCCUCUUUGGGCCUCAAUGGUUAUUGUCGCUGCCGGAGGAAUUUUCUACACAUCAAUUGGCGGAUUCAAAGCGGUUAUUUGGGCGGAUGUAUUCCAAUCCAUCAUAAUCAUCAUCGGAAUUUUCGCCAUUCUAAUUCAAGGACUUAUAAGGGUUGGCGGAUCUGAGGAGGUUUGGAGGAUAAAUGAGAUGCACGGGCGGAUCCAAUUUGAUGAGUUCAGUCCUGAUAUCACAGUGCGACACACGGUGUGGGGUAUGGUGAUCGCGAACAUGAUCCAGUUUUUUUCCCUGGGAUUCAGUCAGAUGAUUGUGCAGCGAAUCAUGUCCACCCCAACAACGAGCAAAGCCAUGCAGGCCUCCAUAUAUGCUGUUCCCGGAUUUGCUCUGUUCGGAUCAAUAUCAUGUUUCUUGGGUUUGAUGGCUUUCGCAUACAACGUUCAACAAGGGUGUGAUCCACUGGCCAAGAAGAUUAUAGUCAGACCGGAACAGGUCUUGCCGUAUUUUGUGAUGGACAUCUUUGACGACAUAGUCGGUAUGCCGGGAGUCUUUCUUGCCGCACUGUUCAGUGCGUCUUUGAGCACCCUUUCUUCCGGACUAAACAGCUUACCGACAAUCACCUGGGAAGACUUCAUCAAGCCGCACUGUGGAAAGAGGUUCUCUGACGUCCAGGCCACGCUGUUUGGAAAAGUGCUGGUUGUCAUAUUUGGAUCGCUAGCCAUCGGAUUUGCUUAUUUAGUCUACCUUCUUGGUGGACCGAUUGUUCAGAUGACAAGUACUGUGACGUCAUGCAUAAAUGGACCAAUCCUUGGAAUGUUUGUUAUGGGUGCUGUAUUUAAAUCUGCCAAUGCAAAGGGUGCAAUAGUCGGAUGUCUGUCGGGAUUCCUGUUUUUACUCUGGAUAGCUGUGGGCCAGGUCAUACAGAAGUUUGCCACCCCGAAACUACCCGGGGGGCCAGUCACAAACUGCAGUGCCCCGUCUUAUGUUUAUAACGUCAACAGUUCUAUGACAGCUUUUGGGUCAGAAACAACGUAUUCCAUGAACUACUCUACAACAGACAGCUCGCCAGGAAUCCCGCCGACUAGUUCUGGAGGAGACGGAGUACUUGGAAUAUAUAAGAUCAGCUAUAUCUGGUACACGACGUUAGGCAUGGUAGUGUGCAUACUUGUUGGAAUGAUCGUUAGUCUUUUAACAGGUGGAUUGAAAUCUGCAGAUGAUGUUGAACUAAAGUAUUUGUUUCCUCUAAGAAGAAUGCUGGACGCAAAAAGGGUAAAGCAGUACGAGUUAAACGAAUUAAAAGAGAAAGAGGUGGAGACAGAGAAAGAAACGUCAAUCGAGCUCAUAACACAGAAAGCAUGAAAACGGUGUGUUCAAGGAGGCCUGGCUUUCCACAGUAUUUGUUUGGAGAUUUAGUUUGUCCUAAACUAAUGGACGGUCUAUAACAUAUUACAAUUCUGCAAAACUGACCAAAAAAAAUGUCGUAGAUCAGUUAGAACGAGCAUUUCUACUGGAGAAGACAACUUUGGUGUUGCAGGUGUAUGUAGUAUUUUGUAUACAUUUUAUUAUGAUGUUUAUUAUGUAAUGCUUUGUAUUCUCUGUAAUUAUCUAAUUUUUCAUUUUCGAAUCAUCUAUGUUUUAUACAACUGAUUAAAAAUAUCUAGUACUACUAUUAUAGAAUUGAGUACCCAUAGGGCAUAUUUCGUAAAGAUUAUUUUUUUCUGCUUAAUCAAAAUACAGAAUAUACCGAUAAUGAAACAUUUCAAACAUGCAUUGUAUAAAGAAACAAUCAUUCUGUAAGUAUUGCAUAGUAAUACAUGUCCCCUACCAGCCUGAAGUCCAGUUGUCUGUGUGAUGUUCUGCGUGAAUAAUCAUAUGAUAACAGUUUAUGCACAAAAAUAACCAAGUCCCAUAAAAUAAAAAUCAUAUACAACUGUAUAUGUCAGAUUCUAAUUCCAUAUUUUCUACAUGUAUGUACAAGGGCCACAACAUAGCAAAAACGCGAUGGAAUGAGACAAAAUUUGAACUUGGUCUGUAAAUUGUCAUGGCAAAACAAUGUAUCAAAUGAAUAUUUGUAAGCAUGGCGAAAACUGAUUUGCCAGACGGACGGAUGGACAGACAUAGUGCAAACUCAAAGUCCCCUCCGGCCAGGAAAACUAAAAAUUAAAUACAUACAUCAAAGUAAUGUUGGUGUCUUCUUAUAAUGUAAUGUCGAUUUAUUUUCACUAAAUAUGCGCAAUUAACAUUGGUAUAAUCCAUGUUUACUAUAUGCAGUGCCGGGCGUUUUAUGUAGUAUGACAUCACCUUCAACCCCUCUAUUCAUCAAUCGACUCGUCCCUAUAACACCGCAGGUUAAAAUAAUGGUGGUAGAUUCAAUUAAAGCUGAAGCUUCUUAUUAAUAAGUACACAAUAAAUUGAUAAAAUUUCAUAUAUCUUUUUUGUAUAAUCCUGUUCACAUUUCACGAAACACAUAUUUCUGUAUUGGAAUUGAGUUUUGAAUACAGGAUUAUAUGUUUUAGUGGAUGUGUUUUAUUAAGUUUGUUAUGUAUCGUCGAAGAUGCAGGCGUGAUGUGACUCAAUUCAAAGUCUCGUGCAAUAUAUCCAUACGCGCUGUGCCCUAUGACUUAGGAAGUUGAACCAAGUUCAACUCCCAAACAUUCGACCUGCGCUAAAGCAUCAUGUAUUCAUAUGUAAUUGUAUGAACUGCAUAUAUUAAAAUUAGAGUUUCAUAAUUCCCAUUAUUUCAUUCCAAGAUGUAGAGAUAGAUUUUAUGUCACUAUAUUCGCGUGAUACCACCUGGUCAAGAUUUAUUUAUGUGUUUGUCUCUUCAUUGUUAUGUUGUAAUCAAAACAAAGGUUGAAAUUUAUAGGAAUUAUUAAUUCUGUAAUAAUAACGCACAAUUAGUUAUGUAUUAUUAAGUGUACCCAUUACAAAACAGCUGUGUAGCUAUUACAUUGUGGUCAAAAUUAACUUUGAUAUUGCAAGAAAUGCAACAUCAUAUAAUUUUGUUUCUUAGCAUUACAUUAAGAUAAGAAAUGAGACGAUGAAAUAGGUGAUUAGUUAAUGUGUGUUAUAAGUUUUAUGUGUGCCCAACACACUUAUUUAAUACAUUUUAUCAGUAUAUAUAUUUUUAAGAUCAUUAUUUCAAGAAGAUGAAAAAGUAAUGUUCUACGAAAUAUGUUAAUCUCAAGGAGAUUUCAGUUUAUUUUAUUUGAGAAUUUUCGCCCUAGUGUUUGAUGUAUAUAUAUUUAUAAAUAUUCCGUUACGAAAUGGGGGAUAUUGUAAUUGGCGUGAAUCUCUGGAUUUGUAGCCAGGUCAACUUCGAAUUUCACCUGUGCAAUGGUGUCGUGUAUUUGUAUAAAAGACGAUAUGCUUUUGAUAAGGUAUAUACCUUUAGGGAAUUUAAAAUGAUAUUAGGCUACUAGAUAAUCAAACAUUACAUGAAACUGCUAUUGAAUUUAACAUUUUAUUAAUUUACCACAUAAUUUAACAUGGCAUUAGACUUCAUAAUAAUUUAACAUAGCAUUAUUCUUAUUAUGAGAGAAAUUAACAUGAUAUUAGACUAUUAGAUGAUACAACAUGAUAUUAUACUACUAGAUAAUACAACAUGAUAUUAUACUACUACAUGAUACAACAUAAUAUUAUACUACUAGAUAAUACAACAUGAUAUUAGACUACUAGAUAAUACAACAUGAUGUUAUAUUACUAGAUAAUACAACAUGAUAUUAUAUUACUAGAUAAUACAACUUGAUAUUAUACUACUAGAUAAUACAACAUGAUAUUAGACUACUAGAUAAUACAAUGAGAUAAACUACUAGAUAAUAUAGCAUGAUAUUAGACUACUACAUAAUAUAACAUGAUAUUAGACUGAUAAAGAUUUCUUUAGAAACAUGAUCAUAGACUACUAGGGAGUUUAACAUAGCAUUAAAUUGCAGGAGCUGCAAUUCUAGUCAUAUAAUAAUGCUUUGGAAUGUAAAUCGCGAGUGUUGCGAUCUUUUGAAUUACUCCCCUUUGGGGCCCCCUUAUUAAGUUCGUUAUUUGAACUUUUAUAUGCAUGUUCAGCUGAUUUCCAUAAAUCUAUUUUAUAAUGAUAAUUGGAUUUCAUUGUCUUCACAAUAACUUCCUACUCGGUACUUAUUCAUAAUUAUGCAUAGUUAAUAUGUUUUCUAAAAGUUUUUUGUGUUUAAAAAAAAUCAUAACUUUUUAUUUAUUUUUUACAUGAAUUAAGAUGUUUAUGUAUCUGAUGCAAUGUAAAUAAUAUCGAUGUUUUGUUUUACACGAGAGAGAGAAGAGAGAGAGAGAGAGAGAGGGCGCAUUAUGAAAUUUUGAGUUUCAUCAAAGCUCAGAUAAGUCUCUCUGAUUGAAUCAUUGCAAGUUAUUUGCUUAAUGAAACACUAAUGAAUAUUACAGACAUCCCAAUUUAGGGUCUGUGUAGACAUUUUGAACCAGACUGAACAUUUAAUUUUGUUUUCGCAUGUUGCUAAAAAUAUCGCUGUCGGUUCUGAAUGUCUAAACUGUCUAAGUGUAAUCCCACCCACACCCACAUAUAUCACAGUUGCUCCUGAACGCCUAAAAAUGACAAAUCAAUUCGCCAUAUUUUGUUUAUAUGAUAGGUAUCUGAUAUUUGUUGUAAACACGGACUGCGGAUAGCAUUAAAACUAUAAACAAUAUUGUUAAGACUGUUAAUUGCUAAACCAAAUUGUUAGGACCUUAUCCUUAAAACUCGUGUCGACUUGAAUAACAUAAUUUAUUCAAAACAUACUACAAAUAGAUAUUUUAUCUCACCUGAAACAAUGUUUUCUCAUUUUCUUUUUAAAGAGGAAAUGAAGUAUUUGCAGUUUAGAAGAUCUAAAAAUAUCAUAAAAUUUAUCACAAUCACAAAGACCAUGAGCCCUUUACUGCCUGCGGGAAUUCUAAUCAUUAUGAUAAUGACGCUCAGCGGUCGAAAAAAGUAUUAAUUUAGAACUAGCAUGUCUAAAAUCCCCCACGUGUGGUUGUAAAUUAAGGGACAUUGCGGGAGGUUAAUUCUUUCAUUUCAUUUGUUUAUUGUUUUUAUCUAAUGAACCUUUUACCAUGUUAUGCAAUGAUAUUGCUUUAGGAAAUUAAGAAAUCUUUUAGCGAUAUGUUGGAUUAAAGAUUCUUUUGGUUUUCCUUUGAAUGAAAUUAAAUUUAAAAUAAAAAGGUGGUGACAAUAAAGCUAUCUAUUUGGACUCGGGACCUCAUUGUAAUUAAAAGUUUAUAAUAUGACAAAGGAAAAUGUUUCAUGAUUGCGGUGAAAUAUUAAAAAAAAAUAUUGCACUGAAAAAAAAAUAGUUCAUUUUACUUGCCUUUAUGUAUAAUAUGACGAUCGAGCCUUUUACAUUUCAGUGACGUGUAAUAUUUGUUUGUAAAGAGGCGGUUUAUAAAUAGUGUAAUAUUGUACAUGUUUUGCUGAUGUAAUAAACAUUUAUGUUCAUCAAA